AUGUUCACAAAGACUGUUAUUGUUGAUGCUAAGGGACACCUUUUGGGUCGUCUUGCUUCCAAGGUUGCCAAGGAGCUCUUGUGCGGACAGAAGGUCGUCGUUGUCCGUUGUGAGGAGCUCAUUGUUUCCGGUCCAUUGUACCGUAACAAGUUGAAGUGGUCUUCAUUCAUGAACCUCACUGCCAACACCAACCACGCCCGUGGCCACCGUCACAACCGUUCGCCAUCCAAGAUCUUCUGGCGUGCCGUCCGUGGUAUGCUUCCACACAGAACCCCACGCGGAAUGCUCGCUCUCCACAGAAUGAAGAUGUUCGAGGGAUGCCCCGCCCCAUACGACAGACUCAAGAAGAUGGUUGUGCCAGAGGCCCUCCACAUCGUCAAGAUGAACCCAGCCCGCAAGGUCACCGUCCUCGGUCAACUGGCCUCCCAGUGUGGCUGGAAGUACAGAGACGUCGUUGCCAAGCUCGAGGCCACCCGCAAGCAGAAGACUGUUGCUCACUACCGCAAGACUGCUCUCCUCAAGCUCUACAAGUCCAAGGCCCAAAAGAUCGUCAAGGCU